UACAAAUACAUUAAAAAAAACAAUAGGCCUAAAACAAUUAGCUAUCUAUGUAGAAAGCUAUCCCCUUUCUCUCUUUGCUCGGUGGGAGUGUCUAUGCAAAUCACAACCUGUGUGAGUACAAACUUGCCAAACCUCCAGCCCCACAAAUGUAACCCGUCAGUCAGAACAGGAUAGGCGGCCCGGCGGUAUGUGAGAGACGGACCCCUCCACUGACUCUAUAGCAUCCAGUCUCACGGAGCUCGGAAAGGAGGAGAGUCUGCUUCAAAAGUUGAAUGUGCAGCUCGACAUGCCACCUCAUAUGGAUUACUUUUACCACGAGUCCCGAGUCCCCUCCGCUUGCGGAUUGACCCGGGAGGAUGAGCUGGAGCCCGGUGUUAUCAGCUGUAUGCUGGUCGGAGACGGAGCCGUCGGGAAGACCAGCAUGAUUGUCAGCUACACCUCCAAUGGAUACCCGACAGAAUACAAACAGACUGGCUUUGAUGUCUUCUCUGGUCAGGUCCAAGUAGAAGGAUCUCCGGUCAAAGUUCAGCUUCUGGACACUGCUGGACAGGAGGAGUUUGAUGAAUUCAGGGCUGUCUCCUAUGCCCACACGGACGUCUUUCUCCUGUGCUUCAGCAUGGUCAACCCCAUCUCAUUUCAGAACAUCACCAAAAAGUGGGUGUCAGAGAUCCGGGCUCAUAACCCAUCCUCGCCCAUCGUUCUUGUUGGGACUCAAUCGGACCUCUUACUAGACGUGAACGUCCUCAUCAACCUGGACCGAUCUAAUGUCAAGCCCAUUCUGAGCUCCCGGGCCCGGAGUUUGGCGGAAAAGAUCAGGGCUGCAGACUACAUAGAGUGUUCGUCACUCACCCAAAAGAACCUGAAGGAGGCAUUUGAUGCGGCCAUCUUUGCUGCCAUUAAGAACAAAGCCCGCAAGACCAAGAAGAGGAGGUUUUCUGACAGGCGCACUAAAGCUUUCUCCAGAUACAGCUGGAAGAAGUUCUUCUGCUUCAUCUGAACUCAGAAACAAACUGUUAACCCUGUGGGUUGUGGACAAAACUCUAAUUUAUUUAAAUCUUUUUUUCUUUCGCUUGAUGUCGCAUCUCUGAUCUGUGGCAGUUCAGCAUCUUUCCCUGUUAAGUAUUUGGCUUAUUUUACUCUGGGAUGCCAAAUGGUGCAAGGGAAACAAAACACAGUGAGCACAGUGAGCAUUGGGAACUUACAUCUGCGGAGACAGCAGAGAGGAUUGUGGGUCAUUCUAAGCCAGGGUCUGGACUGCAGUGUUGUUUACAUUAUAUCCAAAUGUUUUCUUGUUCCAGGCAAAUAGAAAAAAACACAUUAUAUAUAAAAAAUGUGUGUAUGAUUUUGUGUGUAAGCAUCACUCGUGACUCACUUCAGAGAAAAGGGCAGUGGAUUGAGACUUUAAUGGAGGCACACAUAUCAAGUUGCCCACUAUACAGCGACAGAGAGAGAAGGCAGGCCAUGAUGUAAAUGUUGUGAAUUUGCAUGCUGUGCUUUACCACCAGCUGCAGCCUUUAAAGUAAGCAAGAGAGAAACAGAAAGUGUCCGGUCUGUGUUUGAGCAGAUGGGCGUUAGCCACUUCUCUGUUGUAGUCCUGCUGUCUGGCUACACCAGCCUAUUUAUAUGCAGCAGCUGUAGGUUGCGGUGCGAGGUGCCACAUUGUUACCUGUGUGAGAAAGCGCCACUGGCCGGUUUGGGUUUUCUCUUAUCUUCAAGUUCAUCGACUAACAAUCUUCUCACCCCUCACGUUUACAUUUAAUUGGAAUUAUAUCAACAGAUUUAACAUCUAUGAGGAAGGAAAACAGCAGGACGAUGUGUUUGUGACAAAUCAGGAACAAAUGUAUUUUAACUGUCUUAAUUCUCACAUGCACAGGAGCUUGUUUGAAAAUCCUCUUGCCUGAGGUAAAAGGCUGCAUGGGAGCAGUAACCUUUGCCUCUUUGUCCCCGUCUCCCAUCAAUCUGCAUCUGUAAAAGCAAGCUCUGCUGGAGUCUUAACUUCCACCCUGCGGAUCCACCCACCACCACCUUCAGCAUGGCUUUUUUUAUUCGCCCCUCUUUGUUUAUAUGCUCAAUACACUCCUUAUCUCCCGCUGUGUACAGGGUACAGAGGACGCUAAAUUGCCUCUGCUUGAAUAUAAGUGUAAAGUAAUACACUUAAAGCCUUGUGUCUGUGAUUCAUGUGCAAAAGACAGUCAUAUUUUGAUGGAUAUACAAGUGACCAGAGCCAGGGCUAGGCUUUACUAUGCUUCUUGUGGAAGUCAGCUAAAUGUAUAUUAUUCUGUUUGUAAAAACAGGUAAUUUGUCAUGUUUAUGUAUAUGAAAUAUUAGAUAAGAUGUGGAUUUUAAAUGCAUUAAUGUACUCCACAACCUUUUUUUUUUUACAUUUUGUUCUCAAUUUACCCUCACAUUCUCUAACCUGUGUGUCUUUUUUACAUGUCGGAGUGACGUGAUGCAAAUAAAUGAAGUGCAAAUUA